AUGGGUCUCGGCUCGCUUUUCACGGCAUCUCUGCUGGCUCUGAGUGCCAUUUCCCCGGUCUCGGCAGCACCAUCGCCAUCUGUCGACACCCUGGAGGCCCGAACCAACGCCAAUUGGUGGCUAUCCAGCAUCAAGCGACAGGGAACCGUCCCCAGCAACGGCAACUACAAAGUUUUCCGCAACGUCAAGGACUAUGGCGCCCGUGGUGAUGGCACGAGCGACGACACUGCCGCCAUCAAUGCCGCCAUCUCUGAUGGUAACCGUUGUGGCCAGGGUUGCGACUCCAGCACCACUACUCCCGCUCUGGUUUACUUCCCCCAAGGAACCUAUGUCGUCUCGAAGCCCAUAAUUCAAUACUACUACACCCAGCUCGUUGGUGAUGCUAUUAACGUUCCUACUCUCAAGGCGGCCCCCAAUUUCGAGGGCAUGGCCGUCAUCGACUCGGACCCUUACCUCCCCGGCGGUGCGAACUGGUACACCAACCAAAACAACUUUUUCCGACAGAUUCGCAACUUCAAGAUUGACCUUACUGGCCAGCCAAAGAGUACUGGAACCGGUAUUCACUGGCAGGUUGCCCAGGCUACUUCUCUUCAGAACAUUCAAUUCGACAUGAUCAAUGACAAGAGCAGCGACAACAAACAGCAGGGCAUCUUUACUGAAAACGGCUCCGGUGGUUUCAUGUCUGAUCUGACCUUCAACGGCGGCAACCUCGGCGUUUUCUGGGGUGCUCAGCAGUUCACCACCCGCAACUUGACGUUCAACGGAUGCCGCACCGCCAUCUACAUGAACUGGAACUGGGCCUGGACCUUCCAUGGACUCAACAUUGACAGCUGUGAUAUUGGUCUGGACAUGUCUAGCAACGGCCAAGACCAGCAGCAGGUCGGUGCCGUUCUUGUCCAAGACAGCAUUUUCUCCAACACCCCAGUUGGAAUUGCCACUCGCUACAGCACUGGCCAGAAUGAUACCCGCGGCACAUUGAUUGUCGACAAUGUUGAUUUCAGCAAGAACUGCCCUGUGGCUAUCCAGAACCCCCAAUCCAAGACUACAAUCCUCAACGGCAACACCAAGGUUCAGUCUUGGGUGCAAGGUCGUGCUUACAAGGGUGCCACUGGCAGCGCCAUCCAGGGUACUCAGAGCCCUGUUACUAAGCCCGCCGCGCUUCUUGAUUCCGCUGGUAAUAUCUUUACCAAGUCCAAACCCCAGUACAACAACGUCGAUGCCUCCAAGUUUGUUUCCGUCAAGUCCAAGGGCGCGAAGGGCGACGGGGUCUCCGACGACACUGCCGCCAUCCAAGCCGUCUUCAACAGCAUCGGCAGCGAUCAGAUCGUCUACUUUGACCACGGCAACUAUGUUGUUACCAACACCGUCAAAGUCCCCAAAGACGUCAAGAUUGUCGGUGAAAUUUGGCCUAUCAUCUUUGCUGGUGGCAAUAGCAACUUCCAGGACCAACAAAACCCCAAGCCCGUCUUCCAGGUUGGAAAUCCCGGGGAUGUCGGGACCAUUGAGAUGCAGGACAUCAUCUUCUCCACCAUGGGACCUCAGCCCGGUGCUAUCCUAAUGGAGUUCAACGUCGCUGGCCAAGACAAGGGAGGCGCGGGUCUUUGGGACGUUCACUUCCGCGUCGGCGGCUUCGCUGGAACCCAGCUUCAGUCUGACAAAUGCUCCAAGAGCCCUCAGCAGAUUGCUCCGCCCAAGGCUGAGUGCAUUGGUGCUUUUAUGCUCAUGCACGUUACUGCUGAGGCUAGCGUUUACCUCGAGAACACCUGGUACUGGGUUGCCGACCAUGAGCUUGACUUGGGCGACCAUAACCAGAUCAACAUCUACAACGGACGUGGCAUUCUCAUCGAGAGCACCAAGGGUGCCUGGCUCUGGGGCACAUCUUCUGAGCACAGUGUUCUGUCCAACUACCAGCUCAGCAAGGCUAAGAAUGUCUACAUGGGUCUCAUCCAGACUGAGACCGCCUACAUGCAAGGCAACCCUGAUGCCAAGGUUCCCUUCACGUACAACGCCAAAUACAGCGACCCCGACUUUUCGAAAUGCACUGGUCCUAAGUGCGCCAGAACUUGGGGCCUCCGAGCCGUUGAUUCCAGCGACAUUUAUAUCUAUGGCGCUGGUCUCUACAGCUUCUUUGAUAACUACGACCAGAAGUGCGUCGACGGCAACAACUGCCAGGACAACAUUCUUGAUAUCCAAAACUCCGACAUUCAUAUCUUUGGCCUCGCCACCAAGGCAAGCAUCAACAUGGUUACUGUUAAUGACCAGUCCGUCGCUCUGGACAAGGACAAUAGAAAUAACUUCUGCGCUGCCCUGGCAUCUUUCUCCUCAUAG